AUGGGUCUGCUGACUUGCCUGCCGAAGCUACCCCUCGUGGGGUCGGUCCUCAUCGUCCUCUGCUCGCUCUUCGCCACGGCCAACGCCUACACCGAGCUUGGCGACGAGGCACUGCGCGCCAUUCCCUCGGGCGGUGAUGGCUUCGACAUCAAAACAGGCUCGCUUCUGGCGCCCAUCUUGAUCCCCCGCGUCCCCGGCACCCCGGGCUCCGCCAAGGUGCAGCAGCACUUCGUCGACUUCUUCCGCGCCAACCUGCCCGAGUGGAUUAUCGAGUGGCACAACUCGACCUCCAAGACGCCCGCGACCGGCGACAAGGACAUACCUUUCACCAACCUCAUCUUCCGCCGCGACCCGCCGUGGGCCAAGGGAGGAGAUGUCGAGUACCUGACGCUCGUCGCGCACUAUGACAGCCUGUACCACCCGGAAGGGUUCAUUGGCGCGAUUGAUAGUGCAGCGCCCUGCGCGAUGCUGCUGCACGCGGCGCGGAGCAUCGAAGAGGCGUUGGUGAAGAAGUGGAAGGCCAUGGAGGCGUCCGGCGACGCUGGUGCCGGGCUCGAGGAGGACAAGGGCGUCCAGAUCAUCUUGCUCGAUGGCGAAGAAGCGUGGGUAUCGUGGACCGAGACAGACUCUCUGUACGGAGCUAGGUACGUCGGCAGCCUUUGGAAAGGAAAGGUGCAUCCAGCUAACAGCGUUAGGGCUCUGGCACGCAGCUGGGAGGCUACGGUCCACCCGGACUCGCUGUACAAGUCACCACUCUCGUCCAUCAGCCUCUUCCUUCUCAUUGAUCUCCUCGGCGCACCUAACCCACGGAUUCCGUCUUACUUCCCAACGACUCACUGGGCAUACAAGAAGAUGGCCAAGAUUGAGCAUCGUAUGCGCGCACUCGGCAUUCUGGAAACCAAGCCACAGCAUCCCUUCCUGACGGACAGGCAAAAGAAAAGUGUGGGCUUCAGCGGCGGCUAUGUCCUGGACGACCACGUGCCCUUCAUGGAGCGCGGCGUCGAGAUUCUGCACAUCAUCCCGACACCGUUCCCCGAUGUGUGGCACAAGAUUGAGGACGACGGAGAACACCUGGAUCUGCCGACGGUACGGGACUGGGCGCGCAUCUUGGCCGUGUUUGCCGCCGAGUGGAUGGAGCUGGACGAGUACCUACCCAAGGGAGCAGAGAGCGAGGCCGCUGCUGGGCCGAGCCAUUCCCGGGACGAACUUUGA